AGAGCCGGUAAUCGGCAUCCCUCAGAGGGGACAUGUGCACUGAUCAUCAGGGAACUGAUGAUCAGUCCCCAUCCGUGGUACCUGUCAGUGUCCAUCAGUGCCAGCUGUCAGUGCUCAUCCAUGCCACCUGCCAGUGCCCAUCAGUGCCACAUCAAUGCCGCAUAUCAGUGCCCAUCUGAGCUGCCUUUCAGUGUCACCCAUCAGUGCCAGUCAGUGCCACCUAUCAAUGCCAGUCAGUGCCAUCUAUCGGUGCUGCCUAUCAGUGCCAGUCAGUGCCGCCUAUCAGUGCCAGUCAGUGUGCAUCAGUGCCUCCUAUCAGUGCCUGUCAGUGGUGCCUAUCAGUGC